AUGGUUGAUUGUCUUUCAUGGCAUAGUUGCUAUGGAAGUUUACGUUCAUCUAAAUUUUAUUCAAAAGAAAAACGAUUUAUAUCAAAAAAACAUGCUGAUCAACAAUAUUGUAUACAAAAACAAGUUCAGAACAAUAUCAAUAAUAAAAGUAAUUGUGUUACCAGUGAUACACGUUCACUAAAAAAACAACGUAAUAUUAACAAUAAUAAUAAUAUAUCACCACAAGAAACAGAUGAGCAAAAUAGUUUACUUCAAUUUUAUAUAUUUGAUGUAAGUCGUGAACGAAAUCUUCAUUUAAGUACUUGUUCAAAUGAUAAACGUUUACUAAUUUUUUCCAAUAUUUCAAAUGGAUUGCAUAAAAUGGGUGUUCGAAAUGGUGAGUUAUUAGAUUUAGUUUUAUUUUAA